GUCAACAUGGCGGCUCUCUGAGUUUAGCAGGAAGAGGCUAUGUGUAAAUAAACACCCUGGAGGCAGUAGGCAUCAUCUCUACACAUUUGUCAUUCCGUGAUUCAUGAAAUACUGUACAGCAGACAGAAAAUGUCAAACGACGGCAACAAAAAACAAUUCUGGAAAAGAAACACUGCUAAGGUCCCUGGAAGCAUACAACAUGUGUAUGGAGCUCAGCACCCACCGUUUGACCCCCUCCUCCAUGCCAACCUAAUGAAAGCAGGAAACAAGCCGCAUUCGCUGACGCCGGGGAAGCCAAAGAAAGCCACCACCUUCCAGGAGUUCGAGAGCAUCACCAGCGACGCCUGGGACGUGGGCGAUGACGACGACGAACUCCUCGCCACGGCCGCCCAGAACCUCAACAUCGAGGUCGUCAUGGAGACGGCCAACAAGGUGAUCGAGAACCACAGCAAGCUGCAGGAGCAGCAGCAGAAGCAGCCGGAGGCCGGGCUCGAGAAGGACGAGGAAGAGGAGGAGCAGGAGGAGGAGGAAGGGGAGGAGCCUGCCCCGGAGCUGACGUUCAGCUCGGAGCCCCGCCCACCCUUCGCCGAAAGCCGGAUGGUGAAAUCUCUGAGCGAGGCCCACAUCGAGUCUUCGAAAGACGGGGCAGCCGAGCGGGUGGCCCUGCAGCGGCAGCAGUCCCUCCCCCACCGGCCCCUCAUCCCGCUGGUGGCCCGAAUGGCCGACCAGAACACGUCCGGGGCGCUCGUCAUGACCGAGAGGGAGGCGUCACGCCUGGACAAGUUCCGGCAGGUUCUAGCCGGGCCCAACACCGACCUCGACGAGCUCCGGAAACUCAGCUGGUCCGGAAUCCCACGGCAAGUCCGUCCAAUCACGUGGAAGCUCCUGUCCGGCUACCUCCCGGCCAACGCGGAGAGGAGAGAGAGCACGCUCCAGCGGAAACGCCAGGAGUACUUCGGCUUCAUCCAGCAGUAUUACGACUCCCGGAACGACGAGAACCACCAGGACACCUACAGACAGAUUCACAUUGACAUUCCGAGAACUAAUCCUCUUAUUCCUCUCUUUCAACAAGCUUCUGUGCAAGAGAUCUUUGAGCGAAUUCUCUUCAUAUGGGCGAUCCGCCACCCAGCCAGUGGCUACGUGCAGGGCAUCAACGACCUCGUCACACCCUUCUUUGUUGUUUACGUCUUCGAGUACAUUGAGGAAGAGGUGGAGAAUUUCGACGUCUCCAGCCUGCAGGAGGAGGCUCUGCGGAACAUUGAGGCUGACAGUUUCUGGUGCAUGAGCAAGCUGCUGGACGGCAUUCAGGAUAACUACACCUUUGCCCAGCCGGGGAUCCAGAGGAAGGUGCGGGCGUUGGAGGAGCUGGUGAGCCGGAUCGACGAGUCGGUGCAUCGUCACAUGCAGCAGUAUGAGGUGGAGUACCUGCAGUUUGCCUUUCGCUGGAUGAACAACCUGCUGAUGAGAGAGCUCCCACUGCGCUGUACUAUCCGCCUCUGGGACACUUACCAGGCUGAGCCGGAGGGCUUCUCCCACUUCCACCUGUACGUGUGCGCGGCCUUCCUGGUGCGCUGGAGAAAGGAGAUCCUGGAGGAGAAGGACUUCCAGGGACUCAUGAUCCUGCUGCAGAACCUACCCACCAUGCACUGGGGCAACGAGGAGGUCAGCGUUCUCCUGGCCGAGGCCUACAGGUUGAAGUUCGCCUUCGCCGACGCGCCCAAUCACUACAAGAGAUGAGAGUCGCUGACGGCCUGCGGAAGUUCCACAUUCACAGUCCCCUCUAUCCCCCGGUCUUUCCCCCCGGUCUGUCCCCCGCUACACGGCUCCAGUGAGAUAUAGUUAGCUUUUUCUACUCCGUGUGCAGUUGUGAGAAGCGGCUCCUGAUGUUAUAAAUGUUCGCAGUGGCUGCUGGGAGCUGCAGAGGGGAAGUGGAGGCGGGGGCAGAGAAAUUACCGUCAAGCUCUUAAUGGUCCUGAGACACUUUUUGGAACGAAUUAGCAUGCCAAAUUAGCGUGCCGAUUUCUUUUCGCUUAAUUAUGUCUAAUAUCGUAGCGUUACCUUCAUGCACUUCACAUUAAAUAAUCUUCAUUGUAACAAAGAAAUACGGUUACUUUAAAUAGACUCGAAACAAAAAAGAUUUUCUAGUUAAAUGAAAGGUUUUUGUAAUACGCAAAUGUCGUAACUGUGAGCCCCCGGCUCUACAGUGGCACUUUAGAGGGAUGAUCUGUCUCAUUUGGCAUGCUUGUUAAUCAUGCAAUACAACCCAAAACAGAUUCAGGAUAAUUAUUACAGGUAAGUGCUCUGCCUCCUCUUGUCUUAGCUCUCUAGCCUCCCCUGUUACACACUCCAUUGCCACCUGUGGCCGUCUCUCAUAAUUAAGCCGACCUAAGCCAACUAAAAAAGCCCACGCUUACAAAACCAUGGCCAAUUUCCCGGGGAUUGAUACCCCGUCCCUGUUCGUGUGUUCCCUGGCAAAAGUUUUCAGAGAGUGUGAUUGGUUUUCAGGAGUCAUAUUACUGGCCAUGGCAGGAGAAAGACCUUGUUAAUUUACAGCCUGCUGUUUGAUUGGCCAAGAGCUGAGACCAUGACAUGGGUCAAAGACAGGUCUUUUCCCUUGCCUGGAACUCGUUUAGACUAGAAAACCAAGGCCAGGCAGGCCAAGAUCUUGGUCUUUCACCCAGGAGAAGAUAUAUGUGCAUGUACACACCCAUGCACACACACACACACUCACACACACACACUCACAUACACACACACUCACACACACACACUCACAUACACACACACACUCACACACACACGCACACACACACACACGCACAUACUCACACACUCACACGCACACACGCACACACACACACUCACGCGCACACGUAUACACGUAUACAUACGCAUAGACACACAUGUAUGCAGACACAUGCACACACACACACACACACACACACACACACUCUCUAUAUACACUAUCUUACACUUCUUGGGAGUGCUAUCUACAUCCUAAAACUCAAGCAUAAGCAUUACAUUGUGUUUCUGAGAAUUUGUGGCAUAUGAAAUAGAUUUAAUUUGAUCCAAGGCAACGUAAAAGCAUGCUUUUGUCAUACUUUAUAUUAAACUGUAUUAAAAUAAUAGAUAUUUGACCAUCAGCCCCCCCCCCCCCAAAAAAAAAAACCACAAAAAAAACACAAGUUUAAUCCUAACCUUUUUUUAACCAAGGACUACCUCAGGAAUAUGUCGGGUUCGAGUCAUCAUUAAAGUGAUUGUAAGAAGGCGUGGUAAUCCAUCAUCACGUGACAGUUAUCGCCAUUUUAAUUCCUUAAACGCUAGUCUUUUACUGCCGAAGGAUUUCUUCAGUUUGCCUUAACCUGGCCAGUUGGUUUCUGUUUGCGGUGGAAACAGAGGUGCGAUACUCUUCGUUCGUGGUAGCAGUAACCUAGAGGUCUCGAUAUUCAUACCAAUUAGAAGUUGCAGUAUGUGCUUUUUGAAAACUCCUGUCGGAUAACCCAAGAUUAACCAUAAAAGUUGCAUGAACCAUUUGCUGUUUUACACAUGUUGCUGCCACGCUCGGGGGAGGUUUACCCAGGAGAUGAUCAUGUUUUUGGUGUUUGAAGUAUCGGGGGAGAAACAGCUCUUAUAUUUCUUUUGAACAUGACGGGCUUUAAUGUACGUGUAUGUAUGUGCCACAUUCACUGCUCAUUUCUUAUCCUCUGUGGCUAGAAGCUGCACUUGACAAAAAGUCUAUUUUUUCCCAUUUUGUAUAAAAUAUAUUCUUUCAAUCUGCAUUUUAUUUUCAUUGUUUUUUUAACAACUGUUUACACAAGCCUAUAAUGUUGUGCCUAAUGGAGCGAUACUGCAUUAUAGAUAUUUAUUUUAUUUUUAUGAUAAUUGAAGAUCCCCCGUGAUUAACAGUGGAACAGAAUCAUGAGAAAGAUCCAUUCGUGCUGGCGAUCUUUGGAGUUGGAGUUUCAUACGUCUGCCUUUUUCUUUUCCUUCGCUGUGAAAGCUGUUUGGUGCACAGUCUGAGUUUUCGUCAUGUUAACCAGGAAUCCCACAGUCUGUUCCUGGAGGGCUGCAGUCUCUGCUGGAUUUUGGUGUUUCAGCACUUAUGUGCUUAAUUUGAGUGCUUAAUUUAAGUCAUUGAUUGGCUAAAUUGUCCACUUAAUUUCUUCUUUUUUUUUCUUUUCUCCCCCCCCCAAGGCCUAAAUUGGCUUCUGAUUGAGGGGAGAGCACAGAAACCUCUGGAAACUGUGGCCCUCCAGGAUGGGAGAUUGAGACCCUGAUGUAAACUGUGGGCUUUAAGCUGUGUACACACUUACGCAAUCGAGUUGCACAUCUGGUCACCCCAGAAUGCGUAGGUGCAGAUAUCCCUGCUACCAGUUCCGAGUAUUUUUUGUGUUUUUUUGGUUUGUUUGUUCGUUUGUUUUUUAAUAGAUUGAUGUGUAGGGCAGUACAUUUGCAUAUAUGGUAGUAUGUUUCCAAAUAACAAAAUAUAAUCUAAGACAUUUUCAAUGGAAAGAAACACAAAUGUACUAAUUGCGUUUAUGGAGACGAUAAGAUAGUGUUCAUUUUCAUCUGAUGCUCAACUCCUGGGCGCUGGAAUAUAACCAGCUGGUUUAGGUGUGCUCUCCGUUACAACAUGCAAUUAAGUUGUGCGGUUAUAUCACCUUAUAGUGUGGGUGUGUACGUGGCAUGACAUUUACCCAUGAAUAUGAACUUCAAGUUGCCAUGGAGAUUUAUGGAGCAUUCGUUCCGGGGUGGCCCUCAUCCAUUCAGACUCUCAGACGCAUAUUGUAUAUCAAAAUGAGCUUCUAGGGGAAUGUGACCUCUGAAAUUUGGUGAUUUGAGUUGCUUUUUUAUUUUUUUUCUUCUUCUUCUUCUUCACUUGGGACAAGUGUGAGAUGUUUAGGAAUCUUCAGAUAACAAAAUUGAGAUGGGUCUAUCCACCGAUCCAUACUGGAACAUCUGAGAAGGGUAGCUUACUGCAGUAAACAUGUCCGUGAGUUGAAAUGAUGUACAAAGUAAUGCAUUUUGAAAACGAAGACCUGUAAAUAGAAACAAAUGUGUAAAUAAAUACUAUAUGACAUAACAA